UUCUCCUGCUGCUGACCUACCCAAGCAGGAAAUAAGGAAAUAACCUUGGGAGAGCAGCGUUCGGCUGCUAUGACUUUGAACUGCUUCUUAGUGCUGAGGGAUUAGACCGCUGUAAGUGCCUGAGAAAUUAGAAACGAGGCUGUAGUGUUUUUGGAAGUCAUGUGCAGACCCAUAGACUGGGUUUUGCUGGACCACAUCGCUUUGUAGUGCGAUGAUGAGCCCUGGGAAUUGACACACAAAGCGUCAGGUAGCUGACAGUCCAGGUGGCGCAAAUUAUCAGAGAGAUCCCGAAUAUUUUCCUCGGCCGGGACCGAUUCCUUGAUUAAUUUGAUUUAUCUUGCCUAUUUCACAUACAAAGGCUUGUCUGGCUCAUCUAGAGCGCCCGCCCAUUUCUUGCACAGCGAUAGUGGGAGAUUGAUAAUAGGCUCCGGGACCUGCCGUGGAGAAAACCAGCGUCUGCUUGCACUGCGCUCCGCUCUCCCAUCCAGAGGAAGGACAGCUGGGAGGGGUGAAAGACAGCGGACUUAUUUCAUUCUGCCUCCACAAACCCGGGACUUUUCUAUUGCCCCCCGCACAGUCAGCUGCGCAUUUAUCUGCUCCGUCUGCGAUCACGUAUCCAAGAUACGCGCAAGUCACCGGCGGACUUUGCCUCUACCAGCGAGGAGGCAGCGAGUUGAAUAGCCUCCGCAUUCUCAGAUGCGUACAGAAGGGGGAGUGGGUUGGGUUGCACAAGCGUCUAGUACGGGCGCACGUCGGCAGUGAUAAUAGCAGAUAGGUGAUUUUUUUUAAAAAAGGGGGGAAGCGACACAUACGAUUUUUUUGCCCAGCAGGACACGGGAGAGGUGAGUCCCGCUGGCGGACCACUGGACUCCCCCGUUUGGGUUUGACUCUCAAGACAGCCCGGCAGCUUUGUCUCCCGGGAUCUGUAGACUUCCUUCCCGACAUCAAGACCUGCGGCUCCCCAGAAAAAAAAAAAAAAACCCACAUUGACAAAAACCGAGAAGACAUCGCUCCCAUCUAAUCUAAGGGAUUAUUGGAAGUGAAUCUGCGGGGCAACACACAAUGGGAACCAGUGCGCUCCUUAUUGCCUGUGCGCUGCUUGCUGGUGUUGCCAUGGGUCAGAGAGUGGUAACGGUGCAGAGCGGACCGCUCGUCCGGACAGAGGGCUCCCACGUGACCAUCUGGUGUAAUGUGACUGGCUACAAGGAGGGCUUGGAGCAGGACUUUGAAUGGUCCAUGUACCUGGCGUCAGCGCCCGACAGGGAGAUCCGCAUUGUGAGCACGGCUCAGCCAAACUAUGCCUAUGCUGUGUAUGCCCAGAGGGUGAAUAAUAAAGAGAUCUACGUGGAGAGGCUGAGCCGCGACUCGGCCAUGCUGCACAUCAGCAAAGUGCAGGCGAGGGACCAGGGCCUGUUUGAGUGUUACACACCCAACACAGAUGGCCAGUACCUGGGCUCCUACAGCGCACGCACCAACCUCACCGUCAUCGCCGACUCGCUGACAGUAACGGCUCCGGCUCAGACUCUGUCCAAGGUGGAGGGCGACACGCUGCAGCUGACGUGCGAGGUGUCCCGGACCACGACGCAGCACACUCACUUGUCGGUGGGUUGGUACCUGCGGUCCCCGGAGGAUGCGGCCGCCCCGCCUCAGGAGUUGCUCACCUUGUCACGGGACUUUGUUCUACGCUCCGGGGGACCGUACCGGCAGAGGAUGGCCGCAGGCGACCUCAGGCUGGACAAAACCAGCGCCACGGCCUACAGGCUGACCAUUCACAAGCUGCAGCCGGUGGACCAGGGCCUGCUCUACUGCCAGGCCGCAGAGUGGAUUCAGGACCCGGACGGCAGCUGGUUCGCCAUGACCCGCAAGCAGGGCGACAAGACGCAGCUUCGCAUUCAGCCCACUGAUCGGGACUUCAGCAUCCAGGUGAGCACGGAGCGACGGUCCUUCACGGCCGGUGAGCCGCUGGAGCUUCGCUGCACCAUUGACGCCCAGAACGUCCCCGAGCGUUUCUUCUCGGUGUCGUGGGUCUUCAGCAGCUCGCCGGUGGCCGUGGUGGGCCCCAGCGCCGUGCCCAUCCUGGGACCCGAUUACGUCGCCCGAGAGGCUGCCGGUCACAUGACUGUGCGUAAAGAGAGCGCCAACGUGCACCUGCUUAAGCUCCAGCGCCUGCAACUAGAGGACGCCGGGAAAUAUAUCUGCCGCGUGACGGAGCGGGAAAAGACGCCCACAGGAGACUUCAUCGACCGCAGCAAGAGGUCCCGCAAUGUUCAGAUCACAGUCCAACCGCUUAAGAGCAACAUCACGGUGUCGCUGUCCAGCAACUCCUCAGAGGUGCAAGAAGGCGAUGUGGUCCAGCUCACCUGCUCGGUCCAGUUCACUACAGGCCCACUGUCUGUGUUCUGGCAGUGGACGGACAAGCAGGCGACGGGACCGGCGCAAGAGGUGGCCUCGGUGGAUCGGGACGGCACAGUACAGCACAGUCCAGCCUACAGAGAGCGCUCCAGCUACGGAGAGAUCCGCGUGGAGAAGGUGCGGGCCGAUACGUACACUCUUUCCCUGUACAAUGCCUUUCCCGGGGAUGAGGGCCAGUACCGCUGCACCGCCACCGAGUGGCUACAGACCAGCGCCGAACCAGACAUCAAGUGGGACAAGGUCGGAGAGAAGUCAGCCGCCAAGACAAUCACCGUCAAAACUGUUGAGUCCUCAUUCAUGGUGUCAGCAUCAUCGCGGACUCCCAGCGUGACCUUCGGGGAGUCCUUUGACCUCCUGUGCCUGGUCAAGCCCCGCCAUAACCCUCACGUCCCCACCUCUGUCACCUGGAGCUUCAAGCCAGCAGGAUCGGGGUCGGACGACGAAGGCCAGGGCGAGUUCAAAGACUUGGUGACGUUCACCCACGAGGGCACGCUGCAGUGGGGCAAGCAGCUGCUGGGACACGGCACCCGCACCACCGUGGACCGCUCGCACGUCAACACUAACUUCGGGCUGUCCGUGACGCGAGCGGGGCGCCGCGAGGCAGGCACCUACCAGUGCUCCGCCGUCCUGUGGAGGAGAAACUACAACGGCAGCUUGAGCAGAGUCGCCAACCGUACCUCCAACCUGCUGGGCAUCAGCGUUGUACAGCCAGCUAGUAAGCUUCGAGUGCAGAAGACCAACCAGUCGCAGGUGUACCUGGAGGACAGCCGGGUGAGGAUCAACUGCUCCAUCGCCGCCCAGACCAACCAGGACUCCCAGCAUGCCGUGCUGUGGUAUGUGCGGCGCGCAACUGGGGCGGAGGCGGACGAGCUGCUGCUGCGAAUCGAACGCUCGGGAGCCUUCGAGUAUGGCGCCUACGCAGACGAGGAGAGGCUGCGGCGGCGUGUGCAGGCAGAGAGGCUGUCACCCCGACUCUACGCUCUGACCCUGAACAGGGCAGAGAGCAGCGACUCGGGGACGUACUACUGCCUGGUGGAGGAGUGGCUGAGUGACCCGGACGGGGCCUGGUACAGGCUAUCCCGGGAGUCUUCAGGAUUCACUCAUGUUGUGGUCAGACAGCCAGAAGUGCGACUACAAGUGGAGGAAACGGAGUCGAACGUGACAGUGGAAGAGUCCGCUUCGAUCCGGCUGGGCUGCAGCAUCCCCUCCCAGUCGUCCCGAGAUUCCCGCUUCUCCGUCUCCUGGUACGUGGAGCGCUCUGAGGACGUGGAUGAUGAAGAGGAGCCGGGCGAGGAAGAGCGAGACCAAGACUGUGUGUUUUCAAUCGGGCACGACGCCGUGUUCGGAAACGGAAACUGCAGCCCCACAGAGGAGGCGGGGCCGAAUUCCCGUCUGCAGUUUGAGAGGACGACGUCGGACCAGUACAGCCUGACCAUUCAGGGAGCGCGGCCGUCAGACGCAGGCCGCUAUUACUGCCACGUGGAGGAGUGGCUGCUCAACCCUCGCAAUGCCUGGUACCGCCUGGCCACCAACAACUCGGGGUUCACCAUUGUCAAUGUGAUACAGCAAGUCUCCACCCUCCAGUCAGUGGUGUGCUCCAACGACUCCCUCUUCUACUUCGUCUUCUUUUACCCGUUCCCCAUCUUCGGCAUCCUCCUCAUCGCCGUGCUGCUGGUGCGCUACAAGAGCCGCAGCAACAGCAAGAGCCAAGAGGGCAAGAACGGCGCCCCCCUCCUGUGGAUUAAAGAGCCGCACCUCAGCUACUCUCCAACGUGUCUGGACCCUCCCGCGCUCAGCCUGCACCCUGGCUCUGUGGACUAAGAGUGGGUCCCGCCCUAUGCUCCGCCCACACUGCGGGUCCCAACAACACCGUGCCAGGGAGGGGAUCUGGACUCGACCCUCAGACCUUACCUGUCUAUUCACUGCUGUGUUGAAUUUGUCAAUCAGUUGAUCAGUUUAGAUAAUUCCGACCCUGGUGGCUGCCUGUUUUAUGUUAACAACAGCUUGUCUGUGUGUGUGUGUGUGUGUGUGUGUGUUAGUGAGUGCGUGUGUGUGUAUGAGAGUGCGUGUAUGCAGUGAUUUGGCUUGGCCAAAGGGUGGAGUGGAAUGCAUGUGCAGGUAGUCGUGCGUCUGAGUGAGAAAGAGAGAGAGAGGAGAGAAACGUGGAGCCUCUCUCGUUUUUGUUUUUGUUUCGUCUCUGUCAAACUUAAUCUCAUAGCUGCAGUUUGAUUUCCAUUACUUUUAAAUGGUGUCUAUUUUUCAACAAAAAAAACAAACAAACAAAAAAAACACAACAACAACGACAAAAAAAAAAAAAAAAAAAAAAAAAAACACACAUAUGAGUUUGUUAAAGUGGCCAAUCCGGGAACAGCAUCGAAGAGAAAGGACUCUAUAAUGGACUCUGGAGCUGAUGUGGGUGCCAAAAAAGUCUCUGCACUGAUCCAAGAGCAGCCACAGCCCCGCCCACUGUGCUGGUUGCCAUAGUGACGCUCCGUGCCCACUGACACCGUAGCUGACGACUGGGUUGCCAGCCCGCGUAGAGACAAAGACAAGGACACACAAACUAAGUCUGUGUCCUGUGUGAGGAUGUGUGUAUGUGUGUGUUGGCCCACCUGCCUCUACAAUGAAUUUGCCUUGGCAGACAGAGACAGGCCCUGGUGCGCUACUUAAACACUGCCAGACACUAGGCCUCAGUGAGACUGCUCCACUCUCCUCUGCUCCUCUCCUCCUCUCCAAAAAGAGACAGCGAGGGAAAAAAAGAGGGAGGGAGAGAGGGAGGAAGGGGGGGAGAGGGAGGGAUUGGUGGAGAAUAAAUGAACAGCUUUCUCCUGCUGAGGAUAUACUUUGACAUAAGGGAUUUUUCAGUGCCAAGACCUCCUUAUACCAGGCUGUCCUCUGCAACUAAUGUCUGAAGUUUAAAGACAGGGGGGAAAGCCGAUUGGUUCCAAGGCAGACUGUAAACAUGGCUGCCUGCCUCCUGCUGCGGGAUUAUGGGCCUUGUAGGCAUAAGGGCGAUUUUUACGCUGUUGAAUCAGUUCACUUGUACUGCUUAGAUAACACAGUGGGCGUUACUGACUGAAACUGAAUUCUUGCACAAGUUUCCCAACAUGACCACUUUGUCCUGUCUUGAAAAGAUCUUAGAAUCAAAGUCCGAAAAACAAAAAUUACCGAGUUGUCAAGAGCCACACAGACAAUUACUAGUGUGUGUGUGCACGUGGCUCAUAUACUACUGUACGGAUCAUUUAUUAAACAAACACCCCACAACUCCAGUGUUACCUACAUAAUGUAAGAACAAACUUGGGGUGCGUAGGGGCAAAUGUUUGACUUUCGUCUUUAUUUGAGAUAUUUUUUUUUUAAUUUAUUUUAUACUACUUUGCAUAGCUUUUUAACAUGUUCUUUUUUGCUUUGAUUCUCCAAGAACUGUGCUGCUUGUGUUGCCAGGCAACUGCACCAAGCAGAUUAUGUCAAUAGCCUGUGUGUUGGCAAUGUGGUAGAUGUAGAAAUGCUAGAUUCGUCCUGCGCAUUUGCAGUCUGUAGCAUUUCAUACCAGAUUGUCAGGUUUGGUCAGUGUCAGAACACUGUAUAUCUAUACUUAUAUUGAAAAUUAUUGCAGCUUCACAUGUACAAUAGAUGAAUAGACAACAAUGGAUCUUUUUGCUUGAGUCGCGUUUAUUUAUUGAAAUGUACUGUAACACCUAGCUAGGAUGUUUGAUCUCCAUAGAAUGCAUAGACAGCUGAAACUGAACUGUUAAAAUGUCUCCCAAAUCGUGGAUUCAGGCUGAGGGCUCUCACUCCUCGGCUCCCCUCACACAAGGCAAAAGGGUUGAAAAUCUGUGUCAUGUUCCCUGGAACGCAGCAGCCAGGAGAGGUGUGAAAUGCCUCUACCCGACCUGGCUAACCCUUUCACUGCCAGACUGAAAAGCGGAAAAAAAAAAACUCUGGACGUUCUUGUCUCAAUUGUGUCGACAUGUAUAUUGCAUGACAAUAUUGCAGGAGGCAUAUCGAUGUUUUGUAACCUUUUGAACUCUUGAGCGUUGUGUUUGUGUGACAGAGCAAUGCCAGAACCCCCCACUUCCUGAGCAAGCAGUCAAUGCAGAGCCGAGUCCCUCCUCACACACAAUAUCUGACUGCCAAUUUCAGAUGUGCUUAGAACCUGUGAAGUGUACAGUAGUGUAUUUCCAGGAUGGGCUUUGUCGAUUGUGUUUGAAUUUGCUCAUUUUUGUUACUUUUUUUUUUUAAUUAUUAUAAUUAUUGCUUUGCUCUUACGCAGCACUUCAUCCAUUAAAUUGUUUUUCAAUGAAAAAGGUAAAAGUACAUUAUACUUGACACUGAUACAGUCCAACAUCCAGUCAGAACGUGACCUGUCCACGUCCUCUGCCUUUAUUUCAUGUUCAUAUUUGCCAAGCAAACCAAUCUGUUCCCAGUAUCCCUGCACCAUUCCAGGAUGGUGAUGCUACGAUCAUCAGAGGGGUUAGAAGUGAGUAUGUGAUGCAGUUACAAGCAAUCUGGUCAGUGUCUUGAACAGGAAGGUUCAGUGUUUAGAAGUCCAUCCUGCUGAUCAUUAAUCCUGCCUCCAACUCGAGUGUAAAAAUAUCCAAAGUGUUUUCACACCAGGGUGUUUGUUUUGGAAAAACUGUCUCGAGCCUCUUGUUACUAUUUAUUGCAAAGCUAGUGCAAGCCAGAGGAACUAUUACAUAAAAACUGCUAGUGAGCCACUCUGUGCACUUCCAGGUCACAGGAAUAGCAAGAAUAAGUAAUAGAACAUUUUGAAAGGACUUGAAGAUGAUUUGACGGUAAUGGUCUUGCACCGCAUUGACUUGCAUUGUUAGUAAGUGCUAAUCGGAGGCUGGUUUCCGUUUUUUCAAAUGCAACAACACUUGGACUUUGUUACUGAUUGAUAUGAUUGCCUAUUAUAGAGAGUGAACCCUCCCGGUGUUGCAAACUGGGUGAGUCAUGCCUUUGAAUAGCUGCUAUAUCUGCAGUUUGUGUUUCUCUAGACAACAACGACCUAUAACCGUACGACUGUUCCAAGACAUGAUCGCCAAGGGCAAACAAAAAGAGGAAAUUCAGCCAAAAUUCAACACAUUCUUCCUUUCUAGACUUGAUGCAGGAAGUGGAGGGCGUGGCUUUGGUGUGUGAUGUUGCAGUGCCACCGCCGUCUUUGGAGCUGUACAAUCAUACUCUGAACUCUGAAUGGUGUUUUUUUGUAGUAAUAAUAAUUCCAUCCCCUAGCUGCCUCCCAAGCAUCCUCCAGACAUUUCUGACAGUGUUGUAGCUGCGUUAUGAGGGCUGCAUGCAGUGGCUGUGUGCCGGCUCCAGAUUUAGCUGUAAAAUACUUUGUGGUGAUGUGUUGAGUUUCAGCCAGUGCUGCUUUUUUUUUUUUUUUUCCAGUGAUGUAUUUUUAUCUUCAUUUUUUUUAUCUGAGAAAUAGUGCACUGAAAUAAAAAGGAAGGCCAUAGCGUUUUUGAAAAAAAAAAAUCUUGUGUUUUUUGUUGUAUGAUCAUGCUUUGCUUUUUUCUUUUCAUUUUAUAUAUCAAAUAGUUACAAUUGUGACCAUCAAAAAGGCACUUUGCUAUUGUCAGUUUAUUGCAAUAAAAUACAUUCAGUGCAAAA